AUGGCCAUGCCAGAAGGCCCCAUGGGUAGGAAGUUCCACACUCAAUGGCACAGAAGCUUGUCUGGGGUUUUUAGUUGGCUAGGACUCCAACAAUGCACAAAAGCUCUGCAACCUCAAAGCAGUUUAGCCUUCACUCACAAGGUAAUGGUUGCAGGGGUGGUCAUUCAUUACAUGGACCGAUAUCCGUCGAUAAGCACCAUCCUUAAGCAGAAGGAAGCCAUCAAAGCAGCUACACCUUCCAAGGGCGUGAAUUUUUUGUCCAACAAGAGGAGCCACGUGCAUGAUGAGAUGGAGAAGCUGCUUCUUGUACGGAUUAAAGACAAAGAAAUCGCUGGCGAUACGAUAACCGAGACGGCAAUCUGCCAGAAGGCCGGCACUAUUUUCGGUGAUCUGAUUGCCCAGGCCGAUACGACGUCAACCCCAGACUUCAAGGCUUCUCGUGGGUGGUUUGAUAAAUUCCGUAGAUGGACUGGCAUCCAGUCAGUGGUGCGGCAUGGGGAGGCUGCCAGCUCGGACACGAAAGCAGCCCAAGCCUUUAUUAAGACGUUCAACGAGAUGACGAUCAACGAAGACUACAGUUCUCAGAAUGUCUUCAACUGUGAUGAGACUGGCCUUUUAUGGAAAAAAAUGCCUCGUCAGACGUACAUCAUGGAGGAAGAGAAGAAGCUACCCGGGCAUAAGCCUAUGAAAGACAGGCUUACGCUCGCACUUUGUUCCAACGACAGUGGGGUUUGGAAGGUCAAGCCCCUACUUGUGUAUCAUUCCGAGACUCCUCGAGCCUUCAAGGCCCACAAAGAGCACCAAGAGGAGCUUACAACAGAUGACCUGAAGGAGUUGGAGGCCAUGCAACAUAACGUCUUCCAAGAAGUUCUCUAG